AAACAUGGUACUCGCAAAGAGCAAGAACGCCGUCGGGCUGGGAAACAGCCUGAUGAACGACCGCUUCGGUCGCGGCAAGAACAGCAACAUGCAUCGUGCAAACCAAGCCGGCGCAAUCAAGCGCAAGGAUCCUCUCGGGAACGAAUAUGUCACGAACGCAGCGCAGGAGGCGGCUUGGGUGAAGAUGCGCAGUGUGACGGAGCAGGGCGCGCUGGAUGAAUUCUUGUCGACUGCUGAGUUGGCUGGAACGGACUUCACGGCGGAGAAGAUGAACAACGUCAAGAUCAUACACACCGAUCAGAAGAACCCGUACUUGUUGAGUGCACAGGAGGAGAGAGGUGUGGUCAGGAAGCAGAAUGCAAAGCGGGCGCGGUUGACAGUACCAAGAAGACCGCAGUGGGACGAGGAUACGACGCCGCAAGAGCUGGAGAUUCGGGAGAGGGAGAGUCUACUGCAGUGGCGACGAGGACUGGCUGAGCUACAAGAGGUAGAGGACCUGCUCAUGACACCGUUUGAACGCAAUUUGGAGGUCUGGAGACAGCUGUGGCGAGUCAUCGAGCGAUCAGAUUUGGUCGUGCAGAUUGUGGACGCAAGAAAUCCGCUUCUCUACCGCUGCGCGGAUCUGGAGAAGUACGUCAAGGAGGUCGACGGUGGCAAGAAGAGGAACUUGCUGUUGAUUAACAAGGCGGAUAUGAUGACACUGGAGCAGAGGACGACAUGGGCGAAGUGGUUCACAGAGAGGAAAAUUGCUUUCAGAUUCUUCUCGGCUGAGCUUGCGAAGGAGAUGAACGAGGCAAGGGUGGAGGCGGAGAAGGAGAAGUACAGCAGUAGCGAGGAAGAGAGCGGGGAGGACGACGAAGAGGACGAGGAGGAUGAGGACGAGAGUGAACUUGGUGAGAGCGACGAGACGGGCGCUGUGCCUGACUCGAAUCCGGAAUCGCUGACACUCGAGGAGGCGACUCGCAUUCUCACCACAGACGAUCUGGAAGCACUGUUCCUGGAGCAUGCGCCAGCAGCUCGCCGAAAUGCCGAUCCAAGCAAGCCGGACCGAAAGACGGAAAUUGGACUUGUCGGAUACCCCAACGUUGGAAAGUCGUCCACGAUCAACGCCCUGCUCGGUGCGAAGAAAGUGUCAGUGUCUGCCACACCGGGAAAGACCAAGCAUUUCCAAACCAUCCAUCUCUCGGAGCGCGUAAUCUUGUGCGAUUGUCCCGGUCUCGUUUUCCCCAACUUUGCCACGACCAAAGCCGAGUUGGUAUGUGCUGGCGUGUUACCAAUCGAUCAACUGCGCGAAUACACCGGACCGGCAGCCCUUGUGGCGGCGCGGAUACCGAAGCACUUCCUGGAGGCUGUCUAUGGUAUGAAGAUCAUCACACGACCGCUCGAGGAAGGUGGCACGGGCAUUCCCACCGGCGAAGAGAUGUUGCGUGCUCAUGCUCGCGCAAGAGGUUUCUUCACUUCUGGUCUCGGACAGCCUGAUGAGAGUCGAUCUGCGCGCGGAGUCCUCAAAGACUACGUCAAGGGCAAGCUACUCUACUGCCAUCCACCUCUGGAGGAGCCACCGAUCGACGGUAAAUGGUUCAAUCGUGAGCUCUACGAUCUCGCGCAUCUGCCGGAGAAGCGUAGAGCACGCCUUCUCGCAACUUCUGACCUCACCUCCUUGGCUGGCACGGACGAUCUCUCCGUCAUGGACGAUGAGUCAGAAGCUGCUGGACCACCACAACCCCUCGGCAAGAAGGGAUCAACUUUGGACAAGAACUUCUUUGCCCCUGGUCAAAGUGGCGGGAAGCUAUCACAGCCGUUCCACCACAAGUACAGCGAGCAGGGCAAGCAGCUUACCGGCCGAAAACUGAAGACCAUGACGGCGUUGGAGAGGGACAUUGAUCCGGCAGAUAUGAGGAGUAAGAAGCACUCCAAGGCGAACAAGAAGGCUGCGAAGAAGGUUCGCGCGCCGGGUUUGGCGCAUUACGACGAUUGA